AUGGUGGUUACUGAUUCUGGUAAUAAAAUGGGGCUAAUUGAAUGUUAUCAAUUUUCUAAAUUAGUUAAAAAUAAAUACAAGCCUUCAUCUGUGCGAGGCAAACCAACUCAAAAAGAAGAGUUUCUACCCACUAUAAUAUUGAAUCGUAAACGUCGAGCUCUAAUUCCUCAUCCUUAUUCAGUAGGUGGUACACCAGCCAAACCUCAAGAGUUUCCACACAUGGUGCUAUUAGGUUAUGGUGCCACCCCAACAAAUGGAGAGGAUUGGAAAUGUGGAGGUUCGCUGAUAAGCAAAAGGUGGAUAUUGACUGCUGCACACUGUCUAGAAAGUUCUGGGAAUAUGGCUCGUUGGGCUCGCCUUGGAGUUUUAGAAAGAGUCGUUAAUGAAACCAACGUAGAUCGGCCCAAUGACUAUGAAAUAGUUGAGCAUAUAAUACAUCCCGAUUACAAUCCACCUUCGUUGUACAACGAUAUAGCUUUAUUUCGUUUGGAGAGGAACGUCGUAUUUUCCGAAAAAGUUCGACCGAUUUGUCUUAACACUGAUCCGAAUUUAACUCCACCAAAGCAAAUAGCUACUGGUUGGGGACGAAUUUCAACGGCUGGACCACUUAGUGACAAUUUGUUAAAAGUGGAUUUGGAUAUUUACUCGAUGAAACACUGCAACGAAAGUUAUUAUAAUGAUCCAAAAUUAAGAUUUGGAAUAUUACCUGAUAGCAUGAUAUGUGCGGGUUCGUUUGAUGGUACAAAAGACAGUUGCAUGGGUGAUUCGGGAGGUCCACUUCAAUGUGAACAUGCCAACUACACGGGCAUGUAUACACAAUACGGGAUUACAUCUUUUGGGAGAUUUUGUGCCGACAAGGAUACACCCGGAAUUUAUACUAGAGUCGCCAAUUAUAUUCCAUGGAUCGAAAAAAUAGUAUUUUCAAACAACUGA